AGCAUUAGCUUAUCAUUUCUGCGAUGUAAUACAAUACUAGAUUAUCGGGUGCGUCGGAAUGUAUCGUAUGGCUUUCAUUGUCGUCUUAUAUUCAUUUGAAUGGAUCAUUUAAAUUGGACAAAAAUGGGUAUUAAUUUUGUUUCGAGUAUUUUGUGUUUACUAAGCUUAACAUCGAGAUCUUUUAAACGCUCGAAACGAGCUGAGAACUUUUGUAGUAAGUUGUGGCGAAGUUUGAAAUGGUUAUUCAAUGGAAUUACAAAUUUAGUCGUCAGGCAACGAUGACGAUGGAUACUGUUGUUAUUUCAAUGCAGACUUGUUAUAUGCAAUUAAUUCUGUUUCAUUAUAAUUUGCUAAGUAUAUAGCGCCGCGUUAGAGAGGAAACUGAUUAUCCGGGUAGAUAAUUGUGUGAUUACUGCAGAUUCCAUCACAAAUUCACAUACCGACCAUCAAUUAUAAAUGUUGCUCCAUCGAUGCCAGUAUGAAUUCGAAGCCCUCCUCAAACCGUUCCGGAACCGCUAACGGGAGCAGCACCACUGGCAAAAAGCCGCUGCGCAAGAAAAAGGAUUCUGAUCAACAGCUGUUGAGCAAACCCACCCCGACCCUGGAGUAUGGCACGACCAGUCGAAAGGGCGGAGAUAAUGGAGGGGGCCUUGGCGCCAGCAGUCAGGCAGCGCAAGCCGGUGGCAAAAGCUAUCAAAACUCACGUAUUCGGCGGCAGGCGCGCAAGGGGUCACCGAGUGCCGACAUCACGGCCCGAACAACUGCAAGCGCUUAUGAGCCACAUUACUCGAACUCCCCUGAAGAUAUGCGUAUCUCGAAGCUGUUGCCCCGUUUAAUCAACGAAGAAACGGUAAGCGGCUGUGACGAUUUGUGCGGCAAGUUGGAGGUGGUGCUGCUGGAUGCGUCAAAUGCGUCCUACAUACGUAAAUCGUUCGAUGUGCUCUCGCACACGAUCUGCCAAGCUCUAGAGAACGUGCCGGACGCGUGCCACGAUCGGGUGGCCGGGCUUUUCGGCAUGGCACUACACGUUGCCGUAGCAUUCUCGUCCGACGGAGACUCCGUACUCACCGGGUGGAUUAAACGGUAUCUCAGUGUGUCGUCGAAGGUGCCCCUGCGGACCGCUCUCAUCGCCCUGCUGCAAACCGUUCGCCUCGACCAAAAGGGUUCACAGCAGAUGGGCACGAGCGCCGAGUGGCUGGUUGGUGUGCUGCGCCAGCUGCUCGACCAGUGCGAUGUCGAGCCGGAGGUGUUUAUGCUCGUCACCGACAGUCUAGUGCAGCUUGCUACCAGCUAUCCGCUCCAGUUCGUACCGCACUUCAGCGAUGUCGUGGACAACGUAGUUGGUUGGAUGGUGACGGCCAACACUGAACAACCGUCGAUGACGACCUAUUGUGCCCGGGUGCUGCUCUCCUUGCAGCCGUUCUGGAACGACAAGCUCUCGAUAACGGCAAGCCUGAUCGAACAGUUUGUCGACGAUAUUGCGGAGUGCUGCGAGGGAGUGGAUCUGAACGAUAUUACCCAGCGGCGUGGUGCAGAUCGACACUUUGGUGCCAUGCUGAUGACGCUUAACUGUGUGCUUAAAUGUCUGGGCUUGAACGCGGGCUCGGAGGAAUUCUUCAGGGCACAGUUCGAGCGCCAGCCAGCCAUUAUUCUACCGGUAAUGGAACAACUAUUCUCCAAAGCUCCGCCCUCCACCACCCUUGUGCUGAUGGCGAUCUGUGAUUACGCAGUAUUGAUGCUCGCCUCACCAGUGAAUAACGCCGGUAAUGUACAGCACGUAGUUAAGCUGGUGUUACAGCACUUCGGUGCGUAUAGCGAAGAGCAGAAGUCUGGUGUCCUCUACCUACUCGCUCGCUAUCUGCGUGCCGACAUCGACGAAGAGGCUUCCCGGGAGCUGGCGGAGCUCGUAUUCAACCCACUUGGAGCAUUCUACCAAACCCGAUUCCUAUGUAAUGAAACGUUGCGUGAGGGCACCCUCCUCGUUUACCAUCUAAUCCUGGCGAAACAGAAGCAGAUGGUCCUGCUCACUGCCUACCAGAUGCUGCUAGAUGACAUCCGUGACUGUAUGGGCCGAUUGCGGGACAGGCCGAGUUCGAUACCGUCUCAGGCACCUCAGACUCAGAAACCCUCGGAAGCAAUGUUGGAGUAUCGCCUUAGUUUUAACAUGUUGAUUCUGUUGCCGCUGGCGACCGCUCGGAGCUCGAUUUUUAUCACCUGGACGUUGGCUCGGGAGCCGAUUUUAAGUGUGCUGCUCGAGCUGCUGUCACCGCCGAUUCAGAAGCUGUGGUCACGCCAUGGCUCUGUCCACCACGCGAUCGUGUCGCUCGCUCACCGGCACGCGAGCACCAACAACCAUUUCAUAUCAUCUAGCAGCCUGCUGCAGCAGUCCAUGCCAUACAAGCUGAUGGGUGCGGCAUCAGAGUCGGAGGCCAGCCCCACUGCCAACCAUUUCCUUCGGAUCCUGCGCUUCCUGGACGAGUACGUGGUGCAUCUGCAGCAAUGGUACGACGAGGAGCUCCAGCUGGAACGAGAGCAGCAACAGCAGCACCAUCUACAGCACUGUAUUAUCGAUGACGAAUGGAAGCAUAGGUUGGUAGUGUUGCUGUUGGAUUGGUGCCGUGCAGUACUGGCCAGCACCUGCCGUUACCACGAAGUGCUGCAACGUUGUGACGAUUUUAACCGGUUACUGGUGCACUUGUGCAAGUUGAGUGCCGGCUGGGGCAGCGCGAGCGAAACGGUCGGUCUGUCGUGCGGCAACUGUCUUGAUCUGGCCUGCCAGUAUGCAUCGCUGCAGCCAACCGCGUACCAGGCAAUCGCCGAGGCGUGUUGCGUCCAGCUGUGUUCAGUGUACGAUGCCUUGCGCACUCGCUACACGGUCGUGUUCUCGAAGCUACCGCUACGCUAUUCGCUGCGCCAGGUGAACGCCUUCACCGGGGUCAACCGGCAGCGGCGCGACGACAUCCAGGAGCUAAGGAGUGAGUAUCAGGGCGCGGACGGUGAGCGACAGCAAGAUAUGUUGCGCAUGGCCGAUCUUCGUCAGCUUCUCAACCGAAUCGCGUUCACACGGGACGACGAUAACUACGCUGGCAGCUUUUUGCACGAGCUGCUGUCAAAGUCAUACAGCGACAGUGUAUCCCCGUACGGUGCGAUGGCGCUACGUGAUCUGCGCUGCCUGAUACCGUGGGCCCAGUGGGAGGCGGCCAAGCUGUGCGUCAGCAGCCGGUUGCGCACGCCAUUCGGCAAACCACAAGCUACGUUCCUGCGCAUCGAAUCGAUUGUGAAGCAAUACGCACGCAUCCUUGCACUGAGCGAUCGGUUUCCGGUCAGCAGUGUCAGCACGUCGAUGGCAAACCAGCGACACGCCCGCAUAUUGCUCGGCUUCCUCGAGGCGCUCGAGAAGGAGAUCUACAAUGCGGCCCAAGGCACGGCGUUCGCCCUACCGACGCCCAGCAAACCAGCCCGUACCUUCUUCCGCACCAACCAGACCACCUGCGCCGAGUGGUUUACGCGAAUCCGCACCGCCGUCGAUCUGGUAGCGCUACACUCGAUGGAGCCGGAGAUGGUGAUCCGCUAUUCAGAGGCGGUGCUGCAGGAGCUGGUGGCAGCCGGCAAAACGGCGGAUCGAAUGUUCGAGCAUACGCUGAUGUCGCUGGUGUGGGCGCUCGUGCGCAACUGGGAGUCGGACGCGUUAUUCGGUGUGUACGUGUGGAGCCGUCAGCUAACCGGCAAGAAGUACCCUUGGAUACUGAUGGCGGCCGAGGAGGCAGCUGGGCACCGCGAAACGGCAGCCGCCGGCUUCCGUACCAUCCUGAACGAUCCGGCCAGCGCGGGCAUGGAUCGGCACAUUCGCGACUUCAUCGUCGAUCAGACGGUCGUAUCGCUGCUGUUCACCGGCAGCUACCGGGAACUGUACGAGUUCCUGCUGGCGGAGGAGGGUAGUGAUACGCCACGUGCCACCAUUCCGCUGGUGACGAUCACAUCGGAGCAGAUCUACUCGAUACUUCGGUAUGAGGAGACGUAUGAUACGAGCGUAUUCAAGAUGAGCCAGUGGGAGACGAUCGAGACGGGUAGCGAUGUUCCGAACGACUUCUCCAGCCACAAGAUGAUUUGUGCGGUCGAGAACAGCUUGUCCGCCAUCAUCCUGCAAAGCCAGACGGAGCAGCGCGAGAAGCUGUCCGAAAUCUCGACCGAGCUGAUCCAGUGCUUCCUGCAGGAGUGUCUGCUCACCAAGUGCCGCGAGUAUCUGUUCCAGCUGACCAUCACCAACCACAUCCUGUACAAGAUCGCCCGUCGCUUCUCUCACGCUAGCGCCAGCACCACCGGCAGCAGCAGCAACAGCAACAGCAUCCCGGACGAAACAUUAGCGGAUGGUGCGAGCAAGGAAGAAGGCGGCUGCUCAGUCGAUUCCGGUACCGAAGGCGGGGGCAAAGGCGACGAUUUGGGAACGCUGAACGUAGACAAAUCGUACGGCACAUUCACGCUAAUGCGGCUGCUCUCGUGGUCCGAGUUCCUGCAUGCAGGCCAAUCGGGUGGUGGAGGUUCGGUGUACGGCAGCAGCGAACAGCAGAGCAUCGACCUGCGGCUCAACAUGGUAUCCAUGGGGCGAAAGGAGAACAACUAUGGGCUAUGUCGGCGCGAACUGGAGAAGUACUACGGCAAGGCAAACGUGGGUCAGCAACUGCCCGCACUGGCCAACAUCCAGCGUCCCUCGCUCGAGCAAGUGGCGAGCGCACUCAAGGGUUGUAUCGUGACCGGCGUUGGCACCACGGCUGCGAUACGCGAUGAAAAUCUUGCCCGAGCGGUGUACGAGCACUGCAAAUGGCUGUACUGCCAGGGUGCAAACCAGCGGUUGGAAGCGAUCGAUCUAGCCGCCUGUGUCACUUCCGUCCUCGCCGCACUGACUGAUACGCGGUUAGCGGAGCGUGAGGCACGCUUCCUGCUUACGAUCGCCGGCUGGUUAACGAUCAACAGCAGCGGCAACGGCGAAGCGACAGUUGGCGAUCUACGACAGGAGUCGGUCGGACUGCGUAUGUUGGAGACGGAGCGGCCACCAAUGGCGGCUAUCUCCAAGUAUCUGCCGGUCGAUGACCACACCUCGUCACCGAUGUUUGGCCGAUACGACGGGUUGGUGGGGCUGCUGCUGCAGAAGGCCGUCUAUCGAGCGCCGACGCUUGCCAAAGCCUGGUAUCAGCUCGGUUCGUGGCUUUACCGCUGGGGUAAGCGUAUUGUCGAGCUGGGCGGUGAGGUGAGAGGGUCCGGUCUAGCAACCACUCCCAUCAAUACGGAACAAGUACAGGCCAUCCUCGCUCCCACCGUACUGCUGGAUGCCAGCGAGUACAUUAGAAUUGCGGCCAUCCUCAACGAGCACGGGCUACUACAAGCGGCGGCUGCAGCUGCGGAGAAUACUGGCGAGGACGAGAGAGAGGAAGACGCGGAGGAAGGUCUCGAUCUGGAUGGAUACAUAGGCUCCGUGGGGCUGCUAGAGCGGCUGCAGAACGAGCUGCCCAUCCUGCGUACCGUGCCGCCCGAGCUGCUGCAGGGGUUGGCCGACAUCUGGCGCCGGAACCAUCGCACCAUCUACAGCUACUAUGCGGCCUCGGCUGAUGCCUACUUCCACUACCUGCAGCUGUCCUCGGCGACCCCCGAUCAACUCGAGGCAAACGGCGGCCCGGACAACGACGAUGGCCAGGAUAGCGAGCGGGCCAAGUCGGUCACCGUGACGCUCCGGUUGCUCCGAUUGAUCGUGAAGCAUGCGCUCGGCUUGAAGGAGGUACUAGAAGAGGGCCUGGCAACAACACCGUGCGAACCGUGGCGUGUCAUUACGCCACAGCUAUUCUCCCGCCUUGCCCACCACGAACCGUAUGUGCGCAAGCGCGUCUCCGAGCUGUUGUGCCGCGUGGCCAAGGAUGCACCUCAUCUCAUCAUUUUCCCAGCCGUCGUUGGUUCGGUGCGGGAGGAUCACCAGGUGGUAAGCCUGCUGCUAGACGAAGUGGUUGACCCAGCCGCCUCGCUUAUCGACCGUUCAUCGGUGGCAGACAGUGGUGGUGGUACGAUUAAGCAAUGUGCGUCACCUCACGAAGGGGUCGGGCUGGCGAGCUGCUUCAACGCCCUGCUCGACAUACUUUCGCGGGAGGUACCGCACACCGUGCAGCAGGUGCAGACGCUGGUGCACGAACUUCGUCGCAUCUCGCUCCUGUGGGAGGAGCUGUGGCUGGUCUCGCUCGACCAGAUCUAUGGCGAAUACACCAGGCGCGUGGGCGCUUUCGAGGCCGAGCUGCAGCGACUCCGCGAUACCGGCCAGCUCGAGGUGCGCAAGACACUGCUAACCGAGAAGCAUCGGUUGCUGCUGCGGCCGCUGCUGUUCCUGCUCGAGCAGCUGUUUGCCAUCACAUCGCGGCCUGCCGAGACGAAUCAUGAGCGCCACUUCCAGAACCGCUACCAUCGCCAUAUCAGCACCAUGAUCGCACAGCUCGCCGAACCGCUCAACUUCGAACAGGCGACGAUCGAGGGAUGGGCCCGGUUCCGCACCAUCUACAGUCAGCUGAAGGCCCGCAGCCAAAAGCGUUCCUCCUUUUUCCUCAACCUGUACGAUGUCAGCCCCCGGCUGCACCAGCUCACCGAUACGGCCAUCGCGAUGCCCGGUAUCGGGCGGGGCUUCGGUAGCCUCCGGACCACUGGCACCGGUAUCGAUGGUCAACCGAUACGCAUCCGCUCGGUCGACGCCAGUAUCCAGAUCCUGCCAACCAAGACACGCCCGAAGCGGAUGGUCUUUCUCGGGAGCAAUGGGCGCCGCUUCGGUUACCUGUCGAAGGGUAUGGAGGAUCUGCACCUCGACGAGCGCAUCAUGCAGUUCCUGUCGAUCGCCAACCUCAUGAUGACCAGCUCGAUCGAUUGUAACGGCAACGUGACGCACUAUCGCGCCCAACACUACUCGGUCAUACCGCUCGGUCCUCGCUCCGGUCUCAUCACCUGGGUCGACGAUACCGUACCGAUCUAUAUGCUGUACAAGCGUUGGCAGCAGCGCGAAGCUCUCCGUAAGCGAGAGGCCCGCGAUGGUGGUCGAGACAGCGCCGUACAGCGGCCCUCGGAUCUGUUCUACAAGAAACUAGAGCCACUGCUGCAGGAGCAUGGACUGAAGACUUCGGACAGCCGCAAGCAGUGGCCAUUGCCGGCACUGAAGCAGGUGCUACGCGAACUGCAGCAGGAGACCCCGCGCGAUCUGCUGGCCAAGGAGCUUUGGUGCUCGAGUGCGACCGCGUCCGAGUGGCGGCAGGUCGUUCGCUCCUACUCCCUCUCGCUGGCGGUGAUGAGCGUGAUCGGUUACAUUAUCGGGCUCGGCGACCGUCACCUGGACAACAUGCUGAUCAAACUGGCCACAGGCGAAAUCGUGCACAUCGACUAUAACGUGUGCUUCGAGAAAGGCCACACGCUGCGCGUCCCCGAGAAGGUCCCGUUCCGGAUGACACAGAACCUAGAGGAGGCCCUCGGCAUCACAGGCAUCGAGGGAACAUUUCGGUUGGCGUGCGAGCAUGUGCUGAAGUCGUUGAAGAAGGGCCGCGAAACGCUGCUGACGCUGCUGGAAGCGUUCGUUUACGAUCCACUGUUCGAUUGGGCGGUGAGCGAGGAGGCAGCCGGUGGUCCCGCACCAACCGCUACCGAGAUCACCGUAUCGACCAUGUCGGUGGCUUCAACGGCGGCUGCGGCGGCUGCAGCGGUCGCCUCGGUGGCGAGCACAAACCCGGCCCGUAGCAGUGCUGGCACUGAUGCUACCGCCGUCGGUCCCGCCUCGAUUGGUCGCUCGAAGCGGCAGCUAGAGCGCGAAGUGACGCGCGAUGCGCUGGCAGUGCGGUGCGCGGAAUGUCGAGUGGAGUGGCAACACACGCGGGACGAGCUAGGCCAGCACCUGUACACGCUCGAUCGCCACGCCGGUGAGGUGCUGAGGGUACGGCAGGAACGGCGGCAGGCGGAACAGCAGCGCGACUCGUACUCCCAGCAGUUGCGCCUCGUCGAGGAAGCCGUCUGCCUUGGGUCGGCCUUCCGAAGCCAUGCGCUCGGUAGUCUCGUCGAUCGUCUCGCUAUGCGCACCGCUAUCAGCGAGGAACGAGCGUUGCUCUUGGAACGGCUGCGGGAAACCAUCGCCCGGCACGAGCAGCACCGCGAACCGUACCAGGAGCUGCGUGACCUCUGCGCAACGGCUGAUGGUGCGGCGGAAGCGAUGCGCCCGUACUACGCCGACCACCGGCCGGCGAUUGCACCGACUGCGACCGAGCUCGAAUGGUCCCUGGCGAUGGUGAAGUUCAUCGAUGAUAUGCUGGUGGAUGCGCGGACACGAGAAGGUGCUCACGCAUACAUGCGUCUGUGCGAAACGCGGCUCCACAUCAACAAACUACUGGCCGGACCGGCUUGUGCCGAUUUACGACGGACCGCCUUCUAUUAUGGCCUUGUGGCGAACGAGCUGGCUCGGCAGCGCCCCCAGGCACCCGACCCGGUGCCAAUGGAGCUGCUCGAUCAGUACUGCCGCUGGUAUCGGAUGCUGGGCAAUGCUGCCCAGAACUAUCAGCAGCAGCAGCGAACGGUGGGAAGAGGCCCUAGCGAUACCGUAAUGGGUCAUGGAUCGGAUGACAACGAAGGCGAAAUGCUAGAUCCGGUCACGGCUACCAUCAAGCUGCUGCUGCAGCAGCAGCAGCAGUCGGUAUUCAUAGAGACAUUAGACACCGGUGGUGACAGCGUUGGGCGUCCCGUACCUAUAUCAGUGGAUCGGAUGGAGUCGGUCGAGCGCGCAGCGCUUGCCUUAGUACAAAGCCCUGUACCACCGAUCCAGCACGCUAGCACCGUCAAGAUGAGUUACCUACUCUCUCGGCAGGUACUCGAGCUGACCAAGCGAUUCGUCACGGCCGAAAGGGACUUCCUUGCGGGCCGACGAGUCAGCAGCGAUGAUGGCGAAGACGACGGUAGUGUGAUCGAACGACCGACGAUCCUGGCGCUACCAUUCUUGGCCAGCCUCGCCCUUGCAAUUCAGCAGCGCAGUGAGGCGUUACGCAUGCACACCGGGGGAACACCGGCUGAUCACCAUGCGAUGAUCGAGAUGGUACAGACAUGCACCCUGUACGAGCGACUCCAGUUCGCCUGCCGGCACAUUGAGCAGCACGUACUGCCGAUGCUGCCGCCAAGUAGCCCUUGUACCAGCGGCGACCGGUCGACCGACGACGACGGGCUCGACGAGAGCUAUGAGCAGCUACUGGAACGGGUCUUCGGCAUCUUGCGAUCGUCUGGUGGUGCCGCGAGCCGCGAGCAAGAGCUGUACGAGUGUCUGGCUGGAGCCCAGAAGCUGCACGAGUGCUGGCACGGUCAGCUACUCGAGCUGCGACAUGCGGCCGCUGCGCACUCGGGCAACAGUGCUGAGCUGGAGGCAGUGCUACAGCGGCUGGACGAUGCCUUCGUCCCGCUGCUAGCCGUGCAGGAAGAGACCCUCCGCGUCUUCAACAGUCCAACACCGCACUACAGCUCGCUCCAGCUGCUGCAAGUGACCGAUCCUCGUCUUUCGGCGACCAUCACGGAAAGUUUAUGGCUGUGUCAUGCGCACGCAGCGCACAGAACGCCCACGUUGCCCACAACCUGGGUGCAGGCGUUCUGCGCCAAGAUGUGCCAGGUAGCGCAGCUGCAGGCGACGGUGCAGCUGUUGCAACAGGAUACGCCGAGCGAUUCCCGCGUACUACUGCUGCAUACCAUUAGCCGUCGCUUGGUACGGCUCUUGCUGGCGGGCCGUUUGGUGGUGGCGUCUUUCACGCUGUGCCUUGCACAAGCCCAGCUGGGGCCGGCAGCGGUAACUGCACCAGCACCGGUCGCAGAAGCAUCAUUACUUUCGUUCGGCGCAACGGCGCCCACCAGCACGCUGGUCGACAUCAUCUGUCAGCGUAGCCAUAUGAAGGUGCUGGGAGCCAUCGAUGACGAAGCCGCUGCUGCCUCCGAUGGUCAGCCCGAUCCCGCACUCCUGGUGGAUCAGCUGAAUCAGCUGACGGAGCUAGCCGUGGAGUACUGCGAGAUAGUCGUGGGACGAUUGCGGCGGGACGCGGAGACAAUUAGCCCCGAUUCACACCCGGAGCUGUUCGAUGAGGCCUACCGCUGGCUGGAAACAUUCAGCAAUGGUGACAACUCCAGCAACCACCAACCACCUAUCAUCAUCAGUGCAGCAAAGGUUCAGCAGCUGGAAGGGUACGUUUCUGCGGUGGACCACAUCUGUACACUGCUGGCCGAACAGCAGAUCGUCUUCCGGCAGUCGAUCGACAGCCUCGAACACCAUCUGAAGUGGGCAGUCCUGGCAGCCCCGAACCCGGAACCGCUGUGUGCCCCGGAUACGGCCGAACGGUUUCGCCGAGAUAGCGAUACCUCAUUCCGUACGAUCGAGCAGUACCGGCUCGAGCUGGUCCGGUUCGUGCAGUACGGCCGUGCGAUCGUGCACUACGAACGCAUGCGCGACCCGGACACCGGUGCUAGCGUGAUGCACAGCCAAGCUACUGCCUUCCAGGCGCUGCUAAAGCAGUACCAGAAGCUGCAGCCACGCAUCAUCUCCAGCGCACGGUUGCUGUCGAAGACGGAGGAGGCGCUGGUAGAGCUGCUCGAUCCCGAGGGCGUGAUUGAUCACACCUGGCUUAGUAACGUGCAGGUACUGCUGGACGAUAUGCAGGACCAACUGCUGACGCGCAUCGCCGAGCUCGAGCAGGAAGAGCGGGUUGCGCUUGAUGGCUGCCGAGGUGCCGUGCGGGCCCUACGCACCAUCGUCACUAAGCACGACGCUGUGGCGAAGGAGAUCCGCGAGCUGCUAGCGAUCCAGUUGAGCCUCGUCGGAUCAACGGUGCUGCGCGACUACCUGCAGCAUUACCAGCACGUGCACGAUUUGCUGGACGAACUGGCUCGCCUGGAGCUGGCCGGCGAUGAGUUGACGCUCGCUAACGAGAUGCUGCUGCGUGAUACCGUCGCACCGAAGGUCACCGAAGCCCUGCAGAUGCUGCCGGACGUGUUCGAGCAGCUGUUUCAGCUCGAUCAGAUGGACAACGGUCUUCCUGAUGGUGUAACCGACCCGAUGCUAGCUACCGAUCGAAGCAACUCAGGAUCGGCCGUAAUGGUGUCGACCUCAACGGAACCGAGCGGGAAUCGCGAUAAGAAGGAUCAGCGGCAGGGGCGGGAACAGAAGCGGAACACGUUUGCUGUGUCCGUGUGGCGGCGCAUCCGCAUGAAGCUGGAAGGGCGCGAUCCGGAUCCGAACCGACGGUGCAUCAUCUCGGAGCAAGUCAGCUGGAUGAUCCAGGAGGCGAUGGAUCCGAACAAUUUGGCCGUCCUAUACGAAGGGUGGACGCCGUGGGUGUAGCAGCACAGCACAGCGCAGCGUAUUGCAAGUCGCUUCCCACCGCCGUCUUAUUUCAGGCAGAG